UCGACCGAAAAUAUCCGCACAAGAAUUCGUGGCAUACAACGUUAACAACGUACACUGAGGGAGUUGACAAUUGUAUGGCUGAUGAAAUACCUUCAAAAGCGAGCAUAUUGCCCACCUAAAUAAGACAAAAACUUGAACAAAAUAGGGGUUUUGUUGGCCUAGACAUGGGUUAAAUGGUGUAUAGAGAUAGUAGACUGCGAAAAGGUAUCAUUUGGGGAACAGAAUCGGAUGAAACAUGAAGUCUGCUGUGGCUGAUUAUCAUCAGCAGCCACAGACUAUGAUUGCAGGGGCGGGGCUAAUGAGCCCAGCAGGGGCGGGGCUAAUGAGCCCCACUCAGGAGGGUCUCUGUCUUGAUGCUGAGGACCCAAGACCAGAGCCAAGUGACCUCUUCGUUGACCUUGGGAUGCUAAUCCUUGAGGGGCGUAAACCCGAGCACUCAGCUAAGGGGCGUGUUGAAGGAGAACAUUGUCCGUCUCCGUACCCUGAUAGUAAAAGACACCAAUGUACUCCAUCGAAUGUAGCAAGGUGCAAGCUGAUUGAGGCAGCGAGAGCGUAUCUUUGUUUCCUGUGCCGUAACGACAUCCCAAUGUCCGUGGAAGUAUUACUAUAUCCAGAGUGUUGCCAUAGUAAUCAAGAAGGAAUUGAGCUUGGUAAUAGUACAGAUACACUACAGACUCUUGACCAGCCAUCUCAACAUCUCCUACUGGAGCAAUGGAUUGUUCAGCUCAUGCCUAAAAGGUUUGCUGAUGGACAUUGCCACAGCCAGUUGCUCUUUCAAGCAGUUCGAUCCUUCUUACACUUUUCUCAGAUUAGUGCCUGGCUUAGCUCCUCACAAGGAAGACUACCAAGAAAUAUUGUCUACAGGGUUUGUGCACCUGGGGAGUCUUUUUCAACCAGUUUUACCUCACCCCCUGAGGUGCAUACCUUUCCUCUUCUCAACCUCUCAAAGUCGUCAAGUCUUCGAGUCACGGUUGCAUCCCUACCUCGUCCCAUGGAUAUACCCCUUCUUCCAUGCUACAAUAUGGAUCAUUCCAACAAAGGUAGAAUUAGUAGAGCUAGUAGAACUACAAAAGGGAAAGAUAAGGAAAAAGAGAAAACUAAAGAUGGAAAAGAUGAUGAGGAUGCUGAUCGGGAAUUUAAGUAUUCUUAUGUCAAUCCAAGAAGAGAACGAGAUCAAAGGAGCGGAGAGGAACUUAAGAAAGAGAGGAGACAACAACAUGAUCAUAGAAGUCGGAAAAGCAAAGAAACGUCAUCAGUAAUAGAUAAACAAGAGGAGUUGAUGAUGCAGAAGAAGUCUGCCUUUACACAAACAUUACAAGUGGUACUCCCAGACUCCAAAGAUGUUUCAUCUUUUCACUCAGAACCUGUUCAGUAUGUUCAAAGAUUAACCAAGUUGAGAGAUAGUUCUCCGCAGCAUGUACGCAGGCUACCUUUAAAACCAAAGCCCAGACCUUCUUCAGGAGAAUUUGAGGAGAAGCAAUCGUCGGUCAAUGUUGCUAAGUUAAAAUGUCAACAGGAGGGGCCGCAAACCCCUACGUAUGAGCUCUACUAUGCAAGUGGACAGCCAAGUUUCUCAACUGUUGAGCUAGAGAGAAGGAUUGGUGAGUUAAAGCUCCAGAAACAGAAGAAGGGGUCUGGAAGCUCUUUGGAUUGCUUAACAUUGACUCCUCCACCUUCAAGGGGAGAGUCAACUCCAAGACCCAUCUGUGCUUGGAAAGACAGAACACCCAGCUUAGAGGAAGAUGAUGGUAUUUUCUUCACAGCCAAGUCUUCCUUAGAAGACCGAGGAACUAUAUUGCAAGAUGCUCAUAGGUCGUUACAGAAAUACGAUAAAGAUGAUGAAGAUAUACCGUCGACCGAGUUUGGCACACCCCUUUCAACGGUCCCCUGGUUAUCGUACCUUAGUCCCAGUGAUACAGAUACAGGUAACCAGGGUCAUAUACAUUGUGGAACCAAAGCUGAAAGCGUCUUUAUAGGGAACCAACCAAAGCAUGGGUUUAGUGGAACUGAAACCCUGUCACUAGCCAGACAAACACAACCAAAAAGUAGCAAUUCUUCAAAUCACCAAAUGCCUGAAAUGCAAUCCCAGUGUCCUCCCAGUGCAAUUACUGACGAUGAAUCAACAAGCAAAACUCCCACUACAUGGAACACCAAUGAACUGGCCUGCAACAAAAACUCCUUAAUGAACCGCUGGAAAACGGAUCUUGUCCGAGGACCAUACAACGCCUUUAAAACUCCUUCCAGUCCAAGCACUCCAGGAUCAUUGAAUACCGUCUCAGGAAACAACACCCCGUCUCCGGGUUCGUCUCCACGUCACUCCAGAAGACGUGGCUUAAGUCUUGAUAGUCAUGAUUUUCAGCCUAAUAUCCCAGCGCCUUUCCGUAAACCAAUGCAAUAUGAGGGAAGUACUGAGACUAACAGUGCCUCGACACCGUUUACGCCAGUAUUUGGAAAGAGUAAAUCUCUAUUCAGGAGUGUGCUUGGAAAGGAAAAUAAUGCCUGGGGAAAAGAGGUCCUUCCAGCAGAAAGCCUAGAGUCUAGUACCCCGUCUACAAUACCAGGAUUACGCAGUGGAUUUAUCAGAAGGUCUUUAGAUAGCUCCAACACUUAUGUCUUCAAUCCCAGCACCGGCCUACCAAUCAACUCAAGCCCGGCUCCAUUGCGGAAGGCCAAGACUGAGCAAGAUUGUGCAUCUCUCCUCAAACCAAGAUCACUUCUUAAGAGUUCUCCUUCUUGCAAUGAUCUUGAGAAUCCUAACACUCCAUUGGCUCAAUCUACCCGGGUGUUCAGUACCAGUGCUCCAGCCUCUACAAGCUGUCUUCUUGGAAACUUUGAGGAGUCUGUAUUGAAUGGUCGCCUAGAGCCUCUUGGAACCAUUGAUGGUUUUACUGCAGAGAUUGGAGCUAGUGGGUCGUUCUGUCCUAAACACGCUGUUCUUCCAGUCACUACAUUCUUCUACAGUGUGUCUGAUGACGAUGCUCCGUCAUCUUAUUUUGGCUACAUCAAUUUGGAACAUCUUGGAAGACGAGGUUACCAUAUACCCAAAAUAGGAACUAUUCAGGUGACAUUAUUCAACCCCAAUAAGACAGUGGUUAAGAUGUUUGUGAUGAGAUACAACUUAGCUGAUAUGCCUCCAACCUGCCAGACGUUCGCCAGACAGCGUAUAUUCUACAUGCCAAGCAAUGCACAAAUAACUGAUGACUGUGAGAAAGAAUUACGAUACCUCAUUCAUAUCAGGUUUCAGAGCUCUAAAUCAGGCAAAAUUUAUCUGCAUACUGAUAUCAGAAUGAUCUUUGCUCGUCACAGUCCUGAUUUGGAGUCAGCUCUUGGUACCUAUGAGCUUCGUUCCUUCACUGAGACGCCAACCAAUCCAAGAUUCUCUCCCAAGAAAUGAACACGAUUUGCAGCUAGUACAGAAAUUCAGCUCUUGCCCUGUAAGCGAGAAUGUGGACUGGAAGCGCAGCAUUCUGGGGUAAGCAGAUAUCGAUGCUUAACGUUUGCUGAACAAUAAUAAUAAUUAUAUAGUGCUUUCUUUAUGGGCGUCUGUCUAACAGCUCUUAAACAGUAUUGAUGGAAGUCACUUUGGUGAUGCGUACAAUUUGAAUAUCAUGGAAUAUGUCAUCCCAGUAACAACUGUGUAGAAGUUGCUUCAAUUCUUAUUCCAAUCAUCAAACAUAUAUUUAUAGCACCUUUUUAAAAUCAAUUACUAAUAGCAAUCUAUGCGAGAAGAUUUCAAAUGUAAAGUUGAAUCCGUCAUACUAAAAUCAUUUAAAUAGAUUAUUAUUGCAAACUAACGUGACAACAUUUUGUGUAUUAUUAUGUUUAUUGUCUGAUAUGUUUAUAUUUAUUUCUAAUUUUUCAGCCUUGCUGUUUUCCUUAGAUUUUUGACUUAAUUUUAUCUCGUUUUGAAAUUUAUUUACUAUCCCUUUUUGAUUACUUAUUUAUGUCUUUAUUUGCAAUAAGUCCAAGUUGGAAUAAUGAGAAAUGUUUGGAAGGAUGGAUUUUUUAUUUUUGGGGGGUGUACCGAAAAUUGUCCGCAAUCAAGCAUGAAUCAUGCUGGUUUACUUUCACUUAGCAGAUUUUUCUGAAUUCAGUCUGCAAAACUGCAAACGUCUGCAAAAAGUUAGACUUGUUAUAAUUGAAUGCUUGUUUUUUUUAAAUGCGGGAAACAUCAGUUCAUGUCCUGACACCCAAAGGGCAUCUUUAGGUAGUUUUAUUGACUUGUCUGAUUUUUUUUAAUGAUUUUUUUUAGUGCAAUAAACUUUAAAAAUUGGGAUUAAUGUCAGAUCCAUUUUGAUUUUGAUAGAGAAUUAAAAUAUGAUUUAAAUUCACCUAAACGGAAGGUCUGCAUUGGUUAUAAACCCCUUGCAUGACCCCCAACAAACUUUAAACGCGCCUGUCCUGCUCGCCAUUUUUGGGACUGAAAGUGUACACAGAGGAAUUGACUCUCAGAAUAUUGGUAAUGGUAGACAUUUAUCCUGCCCAAGUGUGUUUGGCAUCGUGCAAAGCUCUACUCAUCAUUUAUGCAAAUUGAAAAUAGCCAAGCAAAUUCUCUUCACAAUUGGAAACCACUGGAAUGAUAGUCUGCAUUAUGAAAAUGAUGACUAAUUUAUGACUAAUAAUAUUUGGUUUAUUGGAAGGAACAUUGGAAGGAACGGAGGAGUAGAUUAAUUGCAUUUAUAACAACAUGACCACUGUAUCGUAAUAUAUUAAUAUUUGGUUUAUUGGAAGGAACAUUGGAAGGAACGGAGGAGUAGAUUAAUUGCAUUUAUAACAACAUGACCACUGUAUCGUAAUAUAUUAAUAUUUAUUGGCUUUAGAUUUAUUUCUGUUUUAUUUGCUUUUACUUAAAGCAUGAAUCACACAAAAAGAAAAUCUGUCUGAUUGGUUGUAAGAAUAACAUCUCAGCCAUUUCAUUCAAUUUUGAUUUCUUCAAUGUUUAAUUCUAAUUGAAGCCCAGAAUACAUUAAAUAUAAUGUACUUGAGCUCAAUUAAGAAGUGAAAAAUGCAUCAACGUAUUACUGAUAUGAAUAUUUAACUCAAUAAAGAUUAUUUAGCUAUUAACUAUUAACAACAAGUUAAUACAUGUUAUAAACAUCCAACUAAUAUGCCAGGCGUCGAUUUCAUCAAACUCUUCCUUACUUAGGGUUGAUCUUAGGACUUAGGACAAGUUAAGUUGCGUAUCCGAAGACGUAGAACGCAUUGAACCCAGGUCUUAAGUAAGAACGAGUAGGACAGGUUACUCAUCCUCACUAGAGAUAGGAUUAAUCCUAGCGUGUCUUGAAAUCGGCUGCAGGAAUUCCGAUAACGUUUUAAAUAAAAUGAUCAAACAAAUUACACUAGGUUUUUGGUAAUAUAAUAUAAGUAGGUUAAGGUGCAUGCUAUGUUCGAUUUGAAAUAACAAAGUGUAUUAUAUUAGAAUUAAUUGAUAAUAUCAGAAAGUUUUAAUUUAUCUCGAAGUAAAAAUAAAGUAUGUAUUUAUUAA